AGUCUAAAUGGAGAGAAGCUGGAGAAGUUGGCGAGUCAUUUUGCUUGUAAGCGAGAGCGGCGAUGGGAAAGAUUUGGACAACCAAUCUUUCGACCCAAAGACAAAUGUGAAGCAUGAAGCACGAUUGCGCCUUUAGUACUACUGAUAUGGCGCAAGGAAGCCGUCUACACUAGCCAAAUUGGUCUUGGAACCGGUUGCUCUAGUCCAGGCACCUAGCUCCUUACGUGUGUGUUGGACAGAGGCAGCACCGGCGCGCACUGCCACAACGCACAGCCGCCACAAAUAGCUCAACUGAAGUCCUGCAAACUCGACUUAAGAUUCGGUCUCAUGGAUCCCCGACCCGUUCCUCCCCCCUCCUCAGCGUUCGUUCGGUCAAGGCCAACUGUAUUUGCAUUGAACCUGCCCGAUGCCUCUGGCUACUGCACUUCACCUUGGAACCUCACACCUCCCUACGAUCGUUGAGAUUUCCAAAGCCCCCUUCAAGCCUUGCGCAACUCGUUUAUGCGACAUUGGACACUUUCGAGAGGCUCCUAUGAGAAAGAGUACCAAUUAUUGGGCCACGUCACACCCCUCCCGGGUAACAUCUUCUUUUCGCAUCGUCGCUCGUCGGAAACGUAUGGGCACGCGUUGCCACAGUAGAGAUAUUCUCUGCGACGGCUUGUGUUCUUUCCCUGCGAUUAAGGGAAUUCGUUCUCCACGAUCUAAAUCCUCGACGACAUAUUUGCGAGCCCCUUCCCCUUCGUCAUUCGAACGUCCUUCCUUCCCAAUCAAGAUGGGGCAUCGUCGGCUUGGCAUUCUAUUAGUGCGGCGGCCGAGCGUGUUUACAACUCGCUUGCGCCCCAAAAACCUUCCCCAUAUCGAAUCCAACGCGUCCCGCAAUGCUCGAGCUCAACGUCUCUCCACGCUUCACACCGCUCGAACGGUCUCUGAUUGUUCUACGACUGUCUCGUCUAUCACGUUUCCACCCUCCUUUCCUAUCGAUGACAGUCCCGAGAAGGACAAAGACCCUCAUUGGGACCCGAAAUUGUAUCCACACAUCGGUAUCACCAUCAGCGAAGAGGAUGCGCUUACCCUCGUGAACGAUAUUAUCGACGGUGCAUUGAAGAUGAAGGCGCCAAGAUGGAGAAAUUUGUAUACACUCUUUACUACUCGUGAACGUCGUGGCGAAGCUGCUUUAUUUUCCCUCGCAGCUAUUCUAGGCGGACCUGACAACAAUAUAUUGUUCAGUAUUGCAGAGAUUGCGUCCCUUGCUCAGUGGAAAUAUGAGCAAGCAGAGGCUGGGACACUGGAUGUAAUGGAACUUGACCGUCGGGCACGGUCCAUCCAUCUCUGCUACUUCGGUUCUCAUGGUGCCGCGGAGACUAUGGUUCAUGGUGGACUGCUGUUGGCAACGAUCCACCAGGGGCGACAAUCCCCACUCAAUCUUUUCGAAUUGGCAGAUACAAGAUCUACAUUAUCAGAUCUUUACCUCCUCACAUCCAUGCUCUUCCUUGUUUCCGUCAUAUCUCCCUCGCCUCUCGCUGAAACCGUUUCUCUCUCGGUCAACGCGUUGCUCGACACGUUUUCCGACCGUGUUCCUCGAUUACCCACUUUCAGCGAAGAUUUUGGGAAACGUGUGCUGUUCCCUUGCUUUGUGAUGUCUGCCAUGGCCAGUUCCGUUCAUGAACAGCGUGUUGCGGAAUGCCAUAACGUCCUUUCUCUAAAAGGAGACACAGUGGCCAAAAGUAGACUAAGCGAGAUCCUGAAUGCCAUUUCUCGCCUGCAUGCCCUGAGGGAAGCAGGGGGGCUCGCUCAUUUGUCCAACGUAUGUUGGGCAGAUGCCAUUGGUCAUGAUUGCUCAAUGUUAUCUUGGUGAAAAAUCUAAUAGAUUUUACCGCAAUAUUUGGUCUUUACCUUCCGCAUGUAUGAAGUCAUCCGGUUCUUCACUACACUUUUUCUGGGAAUUAGUUGUUUGAUCUUCACGUUCAUAGGGUUAUCGUUGGGUUCUUCCGCCCAAUUUCCGCGACACGUUUCUAUAGUAUUCCGUCUCGUUAUUUAUUCCCUAGUAUCGUGUUUCCGCAAUUCCGCAAUUCGCUCUUCUGGUAAGCCUGUAUAUAUAGACGUCUGGUAUCGCAUGAUACC